UGAUGCAACGGCUCCGGCCACAAGCGCAACUUUACGCACCAGCCAGCGAGGAAGCGAAACACAAGAAGGAGGAAGGAGAGUCCGCGAAGUAUAAGAGGAGGUUUCACACGUCCCCGCGUCCAGUCCGUCUGAUCCAGUCACUCAAAGCUUUACCAGAAUGAUGCUGCAGCACUCGGGUCCCUCGCUCGCUGACAUCAGCUGCUCCGCCCUGGUGCCCUGCCUCUCCCCGCCGGGCACGCUCACCCUGGACGACUUCACCAAUUUCACGCCCAUCGUGAAAGACGAGCUGCGGCUGGCCAUCCAGACCAAGCGGCUGUCCAACGGGCUCAGCGUGGACAUGAGCUCCGACGGCGCCAGCUCCAGCUCGGACCGAGCCUCGGAGCACCUCGCCUGCGGAUCGGGAGUCAGGAGAGAGGUGACUCCUCAGGAGCAUGAGAGGAGGAAGAGGAGGAGGGAGAGGAACAAGAUCGCUGCCGCCAAGUGCCGCAACAAGAAGAAGGAGAAGACGGAGACUCUGCAGAAGGAGUCGGAGAAACUGGAGAGCGUCAACGCCGACCUGAAGGCUCAGAUCGAGGAGCUGAAGCAUCAGAAGCAGCAGCUGGUCUACAUGCUCAACCUGCACCGACCGACCUGCAUCGUCCGAGCCCAGAACGGCCAAACGCCCGAGGACGAGAGGAACCUCUUCAUCCAGCACAUCAAGGAGAGCACCUUACAACUCCACAACCUCACUUCCUCCACCACCACCGCCGCAGCCACCACCACCUCCAUCUCCACGGUAGCACCUCUUGACGGAGGAUUCCUGACCCUCGAUCACAUCCAGUGUCCCAGUCACCUAUGAGCGAGCGACCGGGUGGUUUCUUUUUUUGCCACAAGACUUGCGACGCUUCCACCUGCCGCCGUCGACGUAGCACUAUGAGUGUCCGAGAGGCGGGAGGUGGAGCGGCCACAUUGACUUAUGACCACGAGAAUGACAGACGCCACAUUUGGAUGACUUCUCGGUCUCAUUCACAAAGCUGCUAGAGAGAGACAGAGUGGCAUGAAGUGACCUCAGCAUCCCCUGAAACCGAAGCUGCUGACCGGGCGUGACAUGCCAUGGACUUCACCUUGACAUGCAUUGUGUUUUUGUUUCUGUUAAACAUUACAGUCAGGGCCAAGGACAGACGUUAAAGCACUAAGAGACAAAACAAAACCAUCAUUUUUUAAAUUAUAUUUAAUGGUAUUUUGAAUAGAUGAGAGUCUGAUUCAGUGUCUGAUUUUUGUACCAAAGUGUGAUUUCAAGGUGAUCAAGGCACAAAGAAAGUAGAUCGACCGUCUGAGUGUGUUUGAGCUGCAAGUCACCGACUUUAAAAAACAAAACAAAAAAAAAGAUGUUCGUGCUUCGUGUAUGGAAAAUAAUAUAUUUAUUAAGCGACUACUGUAUGACAUGUCAUCGCCGUAUCGACCCUGUCUGCUCGUCAUUUAUCCAACGUGAACUACUAAAUUUGCUGCUACUACUACUACUAACCACUCAGGACCUAUGUUAGCUGUGGAAGUCAAUUCUUCUGUUUUGUUUUUUUUUGCUGUCAAAAUUUAUGUCACGUCAGGUUGUAGCAGUCACAAAAGGGAAAUGUACUUUGCGGACAGGGUUUCUAAUUCUGCACUUAAUCAGAAAAGCAUGUACGCAGACGAUACCUUACUUUUCUUGAUAAUUAGAAAAUUUGACGGCAAGUCCCCCCGCCCCAAAAAAAAGAGAAAUAAGAAAGAUAUGACAUUGUAUAUAAUUUCACAGGUACACUUUAUUUAUCACUGCGUUCCCUCUUAAGGUAAAACAGACCUAGUGUUGCUUUUUUUUACAUCUUCUGUGACGAUGAAGCUUCACAUGUAGUGUUAUUUUUUCAAACAUGUUGUUUUCUACAUAAAAUCUUGUAUAUUGUAUCGACCUGCGCAUUAACUCUGUGCUACUGUAUGUAAAAAAAAAAAACACCGGAUGCCUCCUUUUUUUGGUCUUGACAGAGCGAAACAAACAAACAAACAAACAAACAAAAAAAAAAAGAUUAUUUUUUAAAAAUGUAUUUUAUUAAUAAUAACCUUUUUGGUUUUGAAGUUGUGUUCACUAGAUAUCAUUAGCUAGGUAUCGUAAGUGUGGCGUCAGCUCGCGGCUGGUCCUUUAACGCGCUUGACUCUGAAGUUAUGGAAGACGAUGUGUGUUGUAUGAACUCUAUCAGUAUCCAGGCUUUGACUCACUGCCAAAUCUCUGGCCUGUUUGAUUUAGAAACGAAGGGAGUGUCGAGGGAGUGUAAUGAACGAGGAUCACAAAGAUUUUUAUCCUGUCAAACGCUGCUCACAGGAUCAACCCAUGAGCAGCGUUUGUCCGUUUGUCCAUCCUUCCUCAGUCACUCUGCAGUUAACGUGUCAGGAGGGAAACUCUGGUUAUCAGUAUUUUAAUAAUUCAACUCUUCUUCAUCGAACAGACUGAACAUCAUCUUUGCUUAUUAGCGUCUAUGGUUAUUUAAAAGUUUCGUCGCUAUUUAGGGAAUAUUUUCAAACAGCACAUUACUGUAUGUGGAUUCACAGUGAGGACUGAAGUUUUUUGUUUGCAUGGUAGAAAUGACAGAGAAGGUUUAUUUUGUUUAUGGCGUGUCGUAUGUGAGAGAAAGAGUCACACGGUUAAAGGGACGCAGGCGUCUGCGUGUGUUCGUGGCGUGGAUGUUGUUGUUGUUGUUCUUUGUCCCGUUGCUGGUUGGAUGGAUUCUGCCGUGCCUACUUCUACUGGAGGCUUUUAUUGUUUUUCUUUAGCUGCUCGACUGUUGGAGCGCCGUGGCCUAAAUGAAUGAACUGUAGGCUGUCAGGUACAACUGCACUGCUAUUACCAAUGUGUUCUUCCAUCUUUGUGAUCUGUCAACUUUUGUUUUUGAUACUUUGUUAAUUAAAAAUGUGUAUUGCAAAUAA